AUACGGCUAUAUUAUACCAGCAGCAUAGUUGCGAAAACAUACGAGCAUAAUUCGCCAAUGCCUAUAAUUAUAAUGCCGUCCACUUACCGGGUCAAAGUUCAACGGAUAGCUAGAGCUCUGUGAAAUGACUGAAUUAGCAUCUAAUACGAUUGCUUCGCUGCCCGGCGCACAACCAGGACCGAGUGGCGGGAAGGGCGAGAAAAGCAGUUCAGAUGAAGGCAGUGAUGUAUCCAUUCAGCCCAAGGAUUUCUUCUGGGAUCAGUCUAUCAAGUACCUGUCGUCCAUCAUGGCACUUCUAACAGUGCUGGACGUCACGCUCCAGUUCUUCCGUGGAGGUGGACCCAUAUGUAUGGUUCCAGGUACCAUAGAGGGGCGAGACAACGUUACCUUGGAGGUAACUCGAGACCAGGCGGCCUUUAUAAACACUCUUUGCCAACGUAGCCUCUCACGUGCCGAGUAUUACCCUUUCUUUGUUUUGAUUCAAGGGGUCGUUUUAGUAGCCCCACAUUUUAUUUGGGAAGCUCUAUUCUUGGGUCAGUUUGACUUUUUCUUUAGUAUUGUCCGGCAAUUGGACAGGCUUCGUAGCAGGGAUACCGGCAAAUAUCGGGAAAAGAAUUUCGAUAUUAUUAAAAAAAUUGAUAUGCAGUUUGGUGAGAAAAUAAUUUUUCCUUGCUAUAUUUUAAAACUGAUUAUGCAAGUUACUGUUGUUUUUGCUUCCAUGAUUGUUAAUGAAGCUGUUUUCCAAAAUAGUUAUUUCAGUUUCACAUAUGAGUGCUCUGUAAGUAUUAACCCACCUCCACAGGGUUGGUUGUUACCUUUUGAUGUAUCAUGUGUCUAUUCAUCGUUUCGUCUUUAUGAGAAACUUAAGUAUAUCAACCUUUCUCUACUCUUUUUUGCACUUUUGUUAAUUUUGUAUGCCAUUUUUUGGUGUAUGACUCGGCACGUCGAGGCCCUUGGCUCCAAGGAUGUGGCUCAGUUUGCAUUUGAAUCUGGUCUGCGACCCACUGACUAUGUUGAGGAAAGGUUCUGGUCUAAUGACAUGGACUUUCUCAUUAUGCGACUCUUUCGUGCUGACCCUGGUCAUGGAUACGUUUUCAAGGAUAUUCAGGUAUUUAGCUAUAAAUAAUAAUUAAUGAUGUGUUUGGUGGCCAUUAAUAUAGGUUGAAGCUGAGCUUAGGAAUUUGACUGAAGCAGACCAUGAAUCCUCCCAGCUUAAUGUACCAUCUGAUGAUAAAAAUGAUGAUAGGGUAUUAAUUUAAUAUCUUUUUGUCUGUCAUCAUGUGUCUUUCCUUUGAUGCAGUUAGAUGAAUUCAUCAGUAAUAAGUUUAAUAUGCUUCGUGGAAUAUUAAACUUCACUACCCUUACAGUUGACAUAUCUUUUGGUUCUGUUGGCUACAGUCGAAUUUUGACCAGGAAGUUUGAUCAAGUUAUUUCAGUAAACUUUGACCCUUUCUACGCAAAUGAAAAAGAGCUUUUUCAUAGAGCUCGAUUCCGUGGAAUUGAUGUUGUAACACUUCCAGAGUACUUUUAUGCCAAAGAAACAUUUCAAUAUGAUCAGGUUGGACUAUUAUUACCGUGAUCCCUUGAUAAAAGUAUGAUGAAAAAGAUCUCCCUCAUCAUUGUAGGCCAAUUUACUGAACAAAGGAUGCUCUCAACAGUUAACCUGUUCCUUGAGCAGCAAAAGAAUAGAUAUGCUCCAGCGUGUGUACUGAUGCAUAUCCGGCCAACUGUUAUUGGUCAUAGACGUACUAACGUUACGAUUUUAUACCACCUAGUUUCUUCACACAUAAGAAGGUUGGACCAUAUUUGUUUAAAAAUCUACACCGUAGUUUCAACCUUGGCAAGAUACUGUGCGAAUUUUUGAUUGAUGUUUAUGAAUACAAUAUGGACUCUAGGCUGACUACUAAGAGUACAUGUAAUUUUACACUCCAUUGAAGUUGGGUUGGAUAAUGCCGUGGAAGUGUAAAGUGUAUAUUGCUGGAAAAUCUUACUUCAAUAUGGCAGCAUUGUAAAUGUAUAUAUGUACUACAAGUGUAA